AUGGCCUCCUCGUUAUGCCGCCUCUCCACAGUCCCUAGGGUCGCACAGGGCGCUCGCUCUCGAUUCAUCUCCACCUCAAGAGUCCUGCGCGAGGAGGCGCAGCCCACUCCUAACAUCGGCACCGUCCAGGAGCAGAAGAAGCCAGUCGGAGGGUUCCGUGGAGGUAUCAUAGGAUUCCUCUUUGGCUUCUCUCUCGCCUCGUCGUUUGCCGCCUACUCACUGUUGGACGAAUACAAGCGCGCCUCUGCAGCACUGCAGGCUAGUGUGGAGGAGCUACAGGUCAGCACGGAGAAGGUGUCGUCGCAUGUCCGAAGGAUUGAAGCUGUCGAAAAGGACCUGAAGGCGCUUUCAUCCGGCUCUGCUAGCAAGGAAGACCUUUCGCGGGUGCGCGCAGAGCUUAAGAAGGUCUACGACGGCCUUCACAUUGAGUUCCUUGAUUUGAGGUCGCACGUAUGGGGCAUGCAGCAAGACCUCCACCAUCUGGCCAAGAAGGAGGCCACUUCCGUACAUGUUGUUUAG